GCUGACGCGUGGCUCUGACUGCUGCAGCUGCUGCACGUCCUUGUGACGCGCUGAAACAGGCUUCGAUCCCCGGGUCCCGGUUCUGCGGCUGCGGCUUUUUGAUAAGGGUAAUCAACCAUGACUACAGAAUCUGGUUCAGACUCUGAAUCCAAAGAUCAGGAUCAAGAGCAGAAAGAAACAUCUGGUGAACAAGAAAAAGCAACCCAAGAACAGCAGUCACAGCAAGCGAAGGAAGAGCACCAGAAUGCAUUAGAACAGUUUUCCAGUGUUGCAGCCCAUAGCACUCCGGUAAAAAAGGAACAGGCCACCAACAAAGAACGUGAAGUAGCUGCUGCCGUGGCAAAGCAGCUGGAAUAUCAGCAAUUUGAAGACGACAAACUCUCCCAAAAAUCAUCCUCAAGCAAACUCUCCCCCUCUCCUUUAAAGAUUGUGAAAAAACCAAAAAAUAUGCAGUGCAAAGUAAUCCUUCUGGAUGGUUCCGAAUAUGGCUGUGAAGUAGAGAAGCGGUCAAAGGGCCAGAUUCUUUUUGACAAAGUAUGUGAGCACCUGAACCUCUUGGAAAAAGAUUAUUUUGGACUCACUUACAGAGAUAUGGAAAACCAGAAGAAUUGGUUGGAUCCAGCUAAGGAAAUUAAAAAGCAGAUCCGAAGUGGUGCUUGGCAUUUCUCGUUCAAUGUUAAAUUCUACCCUCCAGAUCCUGCCCAACUUUCUGAAGAUAUUACAAGGUAUUAUCUCUGCUUGCAGCUGCGAGAUGACAUUGUGUCUGGACGAUUGCCAUGUUCUUUUGUCACACUUGCACUAUUAGGCUCCUAUACAGUUCAGUCAGAGCUUGGAGACUAUGAUCCUGAUGAAUAUGGGAGUGACUAUGUCAGUGAAUUCCGCUUUGCACCAAAUCAUACUAAAGAACUGGAAGAUAAAGUAAUAGAGCUUCAUAAAAGCCAUAGGGGAAUGACACCUGCAGAAGCAGAGAUGCACUUUCUGGAAAAUGCCAAAAAACUGUCUAUGUAUGGAGUAGAUCUACAUCAUGCCAAGGAUUCUGAAGGAGUUGAAAUCAUGUUAGGUGUUUGUGCAAGUGGUCUCUUGAUUUAUCGAGACAGACUCAGAAUAAACAGAUUUGCUUGGCCUAAGGUUCUCAAAAUUUCAUAUAAGAGGAAUAACUUCUACAUCAAAAUACGACCAGGAGAAUUUGAGCAAUUUGAAAGUACAAUCGGAUUUAAAUUACCAAAUCAUCGUGCUGCAAAACGUCUAUGGAAAGUAUGUGUUGAACAUCAUACAUUUUUCAGACUCUUGCUACCAGAAGCUCCUCCAAAAAAAUUCCUCACACUAGGUUCUAAGUUUCGCUACAGUGGAAGGACACAAGCCCAGACUAGAAGAGCGAGUGCACUGAUUGAUCGCCCUGCACCUUACUUUGAACGUUCCUCAAGUAAACGCUACACAAUGUCUCGCAGCCUAGACGGGGCAUCAGUGAAUGAAAACCAUGAAAUGUACAUGAAGGAUUCUAUGUCUGCUGCAGAGGUUGGUACUGGCCAGUACGCUACAACAAAGGGCAUCUCUCAAACAAACUUGAUAACUACCGUAACCCCAGAGAAGAAAGCAGAAGAAGAGAAAGAUGACGAAGAGCUAAAAAAGAAAGAAGAGGAAGGCACUCCAGUUUCAGCGAUACGGCACGAUACUAAGACUGACAGUGAAAGGACUGACACUGCAGCAGAUGGUGAAACCACUGCCACAGAGUCAGAUCAGGAGGAAGAUGGUGAUCUCAAAGCACAGGAACUAGAUAAAACCCAGGAAGAUCUGAUAAAACACCAGACUAAUAUAAGUGAGCUGAAGCGGACAUUCUUAGAAACCACUACAGAUAUCUCAGGGACUAAUGAGUGGGAAAAGAGACUUUCAACAUCCCCAGUCCGGCUUGCUGCAAGACAUGAAGAAGCCCCUAUGAUUGAACCACUUGUGCCUGACGAGACCAAAGAAUAUAAAGAAAAAUCUGAAAAACGUAUAUUUUUACAGAAGGAAAGCACUGCCUUUCUUGAUUCUCAGCGAACAGAAACAAAAACUGAGGAGGAAAAGAAAGCAGAGGAGCAACAGCAGGAAACCAUCAAGAAGGUUGUGCAGGAAACUUUAAUAGUCAAGGAGAAACAUGUAAUGAGUUUGCAUGCAAGUGAGGAUGCUGCUAAAUUGGCUGGCCUUCAGCUGGAUGCUACAGCACAGACAAUAUCUCAUGUGGCUUCUAGCAUUAAAGGGAAAGAGGGCUCUGCUCUCACUGAGGGGGCUAAAGAGGAAAAAGCUGCAACCCAGCAGGAAGAAACUGCUACUAUUUCUCAUGAUCUACAAGAGGAACAGAGUAAAUCAGCCCAUAUUUUGAAUACACAAGAAAGCAAACCUCUUUUUGAGUCACCCAUUGUGAAGACUGAGGCAGUCAGUUUUGACAGUGCUUCUCUGGGUGGAGAGAAAUCGGAAAUUUCUAUGAAAGAAGCACCUGUUGUCCAUACUGAAACAAAAACUAUUACAUAUGAAUCCUCUGAGGUGGAUUCUAGUGCUGACUCUGAACCAGGAGUUCUGAUGAGUGCACAGACUAUUACUUCUGAAACUACUAGUACUACAACUACUACACAUAUCACCAAAACAGUGAAAGGAGGCAUUUCAGAGACAAGAAUUGAAAAACGAAUUGUGAUAACGGGUGAUGCAGACAUUGACCAUGAUCAGGCGCUGGCUCAGGCAAUUAAAGAGGCCAAAGAGCAGCACCCUGACAUGUCAGUGACCAAAGUAGUGGUACAUAAAGAGACAGAAAUCACACCAGAAGAUGGGGAGGAUUGAUACAGGAUUAGAGUAGCUUUCUUAUGAACUUCAUCAAUGGGAAUAUCAGAGCCUAUAUGGAGUCUUGGUUCUAACCCAGUUGACGCAUCUCUCCAGAGAAAUUUUCAAUAUGGAAGAUUUUGAUUUUAAUUGCUAAUUAAGGACACUGGCAGAAAUUCCCCAGUUACAGCAAUUUGAAUCAGCUUUAAUAAUCUAAUAAUUGCAUGAAACGUCAAAUUACAAAAAAGCAGCAUUUUUAUUUUCCUAAAUCAACUUUACAUCUAAAUGGCACGUUCAUCAACAGUUAAAACAAUUGUAUUAUGCUACACAUAAAACAGCUCAUGCCUUUACUAUUAUUGAAAGUCUAAACACAGUUUCUUGGGGUGCGCAAAGUUUUGUUUAGGGAAAAUCAAGAUCACACUACAAUAUUAGAAGCUGUACAGGUACUAUAUAUAUAUGUUUUAUUACAUUAAAUGUGCCAAUAACAUACUUUAUUCAACAAAUAAUUUGAAUCAUAUACUUGUUAUAAUUUGUUAUUAUUCUUGUUAUAUAAACAAUGGUGAAUCUCUAAUCUUAUUUAAAUGCUUAUAAAAUAUGUUUUGUUUCUCUGAUUUGGAACCCUUAAUAGCUAAUGAUUUUUAGGAUUGUUAAAAUUAGAAAUCCUGCCGUCACUUUUCUAAAGUCUCAAUCUAUACAUUUGCAUUGUGAUUAUUUUGAAGAAAUUGUAUGUUUUCUUUAGCAUCUCAAGUUCUUCUGAAAUGUGAUUUUUCAAAACCAAGUUGUCCACUCUCAGAGAAAGAUGUUUCUUUUGCAAGUCUAGUCAGUGUUCCUUACUUAGGUCAGAGUUAAGCCUUAAACCAUACAGAACACUUACAAAACAUUAUUUCAUUUUUAUUAUCACAUCAAUCUAAACGGAUCCUAUGUUCUUUAUGCUGUCAGUUUCAUCACAAUACAUGGCGAAUGUAUGUUUCUGCAUAGUAAAAUAAAAGUGGUAAAUGCACCUAAGUUUGUACUGGUCUGUGUCAAAAUGUUUUUGCUAUAUUUAAAUGUUGCUACUAUUUGUAUAAUAUCAAAGGCAUUUAUUAUGUUAAAGAGAUGUUCUUUCAUAAAAUUUCAAUAUGGUUUAGGUAGAUAAAGUAGAUCAGGGAAAAAUGAAAGAAAUUGUAAAAACUAAUUCUGUUGUUCAGUUUUGUACAUAGAACUUCAAUUUGAUUUCUUCUGUAUUAUAUAUCUAUGUAAUGUGUUUCAUGUAAGUUUAAUGAGAAACAUGAUCAACUAAAUAUUUUUGAGCAUUAGCUUUAAAAAAUAGUUUUGUAUUUUAUAUUCUAAAUCUAGCCAAAAUGCUCUAAAUGCUAUAUUGCAAGAAUUCAAUAUGUGUUUUGUGAUCAAUCAGUGAAAUGCUGAAGUAUUGUGCCUUUGAUGUUUGAAUUUAGUUGCUCAUUCACAAUUCAAGCAUGAUAUCUUUCACUGAAGAGAAGAUGUAAUAAACUUCAUUUAAUAGGCUUUGAAAUAAUAGAGUACCUAAAAUGUUAUUUUUGUCAAUAAUAACAGUAUACACACAGCUCAAGUGCAGGAACUUUGAACAAAGGCUAGAAUAGAAGCAUUUCUUCAAAGAAAGGGAUAGAAUAGAAUAAGUAUUUUGAAAUAAAAAAGACAAUUUAUAGAGAAAACAUAUAGGGUCUUUUGCAGGUAUAGAGCCACAUGUCCAGUUUAUAUGUUCAGUGCCUACCACAUAUUAUAUAAUUAUAAACCAAAUGACAGUAAGAAUUAAUUUGUGGCUAAAUAUUUUACUCUAUACACAGCAAUACAUCAUAAACUUUUACUCACAUUGUAUUCUUAUUGUAGAAGCUUUCAAUUCUGACAAAGUUGCUUUAUUGUAAGUACGAUCAAAGCCAUGUAAUUCAAAAGAUUAG